UUCUGGUUAUAUUUAUACAUGCUCUCACUUUACGUUUUAAUUAAAUAAAGUAUGCACUUAAUGAUAAAGCAGUUUCAGAAAUGAAUUUAUUUGAAGGACAGGUCGAAUUCAUAUGUGGAUAACUAAUUUAGAUAUUUAUGAAAUAUCACGAGUAAUUGUGCAAAAUGUCUGCCACUAUUAUGGACAACUCCAACAAUACGAACACUACUAGACGGCAAUCAGAACAUACAGCAGCAUCUACCCAUCUACCAACAACAACAGACAACCAACGAAUAACAUCAGCUAGGUCUUCAACCGCAGGUGCAACAAUUACAUCAACAGAUAAAGUAUCUGAGCAAAAUACGACAACAUCCACAACUUUUGUCAAGGAGACAAAUGCUGCUUCGACCAUCGGGCGAUCUUUUAGCAACGCAACAGCCAGUGCCACUACAACAAGGACCAACACAUUGACACCGUCGCCAGAGACAAAUACAGACAUUAAAACUUCCACUUCUACUCGGACUAAAUCUGAACCAUCAAGCAGACAUUCAUCAACGCUUGGUGUGAGCUCUUCUUCGUCAACGAUUGCGUCAACAGGCACAUCAGUAAUAGAUAGCCAUUCACAGACCGGAAACUGCAGUAUAUACAUCGGCAUCACUGUCGGAGUUAGUGUGGUCGUCGUAGUGGCCGUUAUCCUGGUGUCUAUAGUUUGUUUUCUACUGAAGAGACGAAAAUGGAUAGAAAAGAUAAAAGACGAGCAGAGAAUUACAGAUCUGUGGUCGGCUACAGCCUACAGCAACACGAUCAUUAACGACAACUUCAUGGAUUACCAACUUGCCUCUCCCGCCAAUAUUAGAAACAGUCGAUUACGUACCAGGCGGAAGUCGUCCAAAAUUUCUGACCAAUCAAAUCAAAUUAGCCAAGGGGAACAAUUCGAACAAGGUGCUUACCCCGAUAAUUUUGAAUUUGACAGCGGAACACUGAGAAGGAAUACCUAUAGUGCUCCUGAUGGUCUUGCGAGGUUAGAUAUGGCAACGCUGUCAGAAAAUACUAGUAAUAAAGGUAUGACUAUGUCCGCAGAGCAUGCGAGAACGCUAGAAUACCGAGCACGUGCGUCAACUUUCACGGGGAAGAGGAAUAAGCUUGAUCGCCACGUGUUAUUGAGUCAUGAGGAGUUAAUAGAAGAAACUAUCGAUGCAGAAAUACUCCGAGAACAGGUCGACAGUAGUAUUGUUACUGAGCUUUAGCGUAAUUAGAGAUCAUAUGUAUAAAUAAUUCAAACAUACGUAGUGUCAUAACUUAAGGGGUCGCUUCAAAACAAUAAGGGUUUGAAGGACUUAAAAAUAAUCCGGAGAUAAGUCGAGAAUUGUUUGACAGUAGUAUAGUAACUGAGAUUUAGUGUAAGGGAUAUCUUAAGUAUACAUAUUUCAAACAUAUGUAGUUUCAUAACUUAAGGGAUCGCCUCAAAACAAAGGGGGCUUGAAUGACUACACAGUAAACCGGAUAUACGUCGAGAAUAGUUUGACAGAAGCGUUGUUAUUGAGCUGUAGUGUAAUAGAAAUCUUAAUAAUAAAUAUAAUAAAUAAAUAAUUCAAACGUACUUAAUCUAAUUAUAGCUUAAGGGGUCGCCUCAGUACAAUGAUGGUUUAAAUGGCUUAAUUAUAACCCGGAGAUACGUCGAGAAUAGUUUGACAGUAGUGUUUUACUGAGCUCUAGUGUAAUAGAAAUACUACACGUAUAAAUAAAUCAAACAUUCUUGAUGCAAUAAUAGCUUAAGGGGUUGCCUCAGUACAAAUAUGAUUUGAAGGACUUAAUUAUUAAUCGGAGACACGUCGAGAAUAGUUUUAUAGUAGUGUUAUUAUUGAGCUAUAGUGUAAUAGGAAUCAUAAUAUUAAAUAUAAUAUAAAAGUAAUUCAAACGUCCUUAAUGUAAUACUAGCUUAAGGGGUCGCCUCAGUACAAAGAGGGUUUGAAGGGCUUAAUUAUAAACCGGAGCCAUGUGGAGAAUAGUUUGACAUUAGCGAUGUAUCUGAGCUUUAGUGUAAUUAAAAUCUAAGUUUAAAUAGUUCAAACAUACAUAAUGUAAUACUAGCUUAAGGGAUCCCCUCAGUACAAAGAUGAUUUGAAGGACUUAAUUAUAAACCGGAGCCAUGUCGAGAAUAGUUUGACAGUAGUGUUGUUACUGAGCUGUAGUGAUAUAGAAAUCUUAAGUAUAAACAAUUCAAACAUACUUAAUGUAAUAGCAUAAAGGAUCGCCUCAGUACAAAGAUGGUUUGAAGGGCUUAAUUAUAAACCGGACAGACGUCGAGAAUAGUUUGACAGUAGUGAUGAAACUGAGCUGUAGUGUAAUAGAAAUACUACAAGUAUAAAUAAUUCUAACAUAAUUAAUGUAAUACUAACUUACGAGAUCCCCUCAGUACAAAGAUGGUUUGAAGCGCUUAAUUAUAAACUGUGUAUCAAAGUAUUUAUCAUGUAUUAUGUUUUACCUAAAAAAGUGUAACUCAAGACGCUUUCAACUGUUGGAAUGAUGACCUUCCCGAACAACUUUUUGUAUUGUGAAAUACCCUUAAAUGUAUAAGAAAAUUAAACUAUAGUUUGUAAUGGA